CGCUCUCUAUAGUCUCGCGAGGACAACUUCCUUCGUCGUGAGAAAAGAAAGGAUUAGCAAAUGGAGGUGGCUGAUAAUGUCGCUGUAUGAACGCUGAAAAGGUGCAGCGAGCACAGCCAGCCAUGUCUGAAUCUCUCUAUGAGAAGUUUCUGGCUCCAGAGGAGCCUUUCCCUCUCCUCUCCCAAAGAGCCAACCUCAGUGAUGUGGGAACCCUGGAUGUCAGCGAGUUCAGCUGUCACCUCUCAUCCUGUCACAGGACCGACCCGCUACACCGUUUUCACAGCAACAGGUGGAACCUGACGUCCUGUGGGACCAGCGUUGCCAGCUCCGAGUGCAGCGAGGAGCUCUUCUCCUCUGUGUCCGUCGGGGACCAGGAUGACUGUUACUCCCUGCUGGACGACCAGGAACUGACGUCCCUGGAUUUGUUUCCGGAGGGCAGUGUUUGCAGCGACGUCUCCUCCUCUAUCAGCACAUAUUGGGACUGGUCCGACAGUGAAUUUGAGUGGCAGCUGCCAGGAAGUGACAUCGCCAGCGGCAGUGACGUCCUUUCCGACAUCAUCCCAAGUGUGCCAAGCUCACCAUGUCUGUUUUCCAAGAGGAAGCCAAAGUCCCACGCUCAUCGCAACCUGGACGAACUGCCUUGGAGCGCCAUGACCAACGACGAACAAGUGGAGUACAUAGAGUAUUUGAGUCGGAAGGUCAGCACAGAGAUGGGCCUGAGGGAGCAGCUGGACAUCAUCAAGAUCAUCGACCCCUGCGCUCAGAUCUCCCCCACCGACAGCGAGUUCAUCAUCGAGCUCAACUGUCUCACCGACGAGAAACUCAAACAGGUGCGUAACUACAUCAGGGAGCACAGCCCCCGGCUGAGAGCCAGUAGCACCAGGGAGGGCUGGAAGAGGAGCAGCCACAGCAGCGCCAGCACGGGCGGCGUCAGCGCAGUCAGCAGCAGCAACGCCAGCAUGGUCAGCUCCGCCAGCUCCUCCACGGGCUCCACGGCUUCCAACUCCGUGGCAGGUGGGACAGCCUCCGCGUGUAGCGGCAGCAACAUCAGCAGAGCUCACAGUGACGGCAACCUCUCAAGCGCCGCUGAACGCAUUCGAGACUCUAAAAAACGAUCAAAGCAGCGCAAGCUCCAGCAGAAAGCCCUCCGCAAGCGGCAGCUGAAGGAGCAGCGGCAGGCGCGCAAGGAGCGCCUCAGCGGCCUGUUCCUGAACGAGGAGGUGCUGUCGCUGCGCGUGACCGAGGAGGACGAUCACGCCGACGACCUGGACAUACUGAUGUGACACCAGUGAACCAAUCAGUGCUCCCUCUAGGCCUGCAAGCUUCUGCCCGAUCCGACGCUUUAGCCAUCGUAGACCGCGCUCCGCGGCGUUUAGUCACAGCAAAUGCGCUCGGCGGUGUUUGCUUCUAGCGGCCCCCGUGACUUAGCUUAACAUCGCAGAACAUGCUAGCUCGUCGACUGUCGCUUACAUAUCCCGCUAACCGCUGUAAUUACGCUACUGAUGCUUUGGGAAGAGAGCGGUCUCUGCGUAGCCUGCUUGGAACCCGCUGACACACUACUACAGAUCAGGAAUCACUUUUUUUGUUUGUUUGUUUGUGUUUUCUCCACAGAAUGCUCUGUGAAUAUGUUUCCAUGAUUUCUUUUUGUUUUGUUUUUCUUUAUCCUAUUUAAAUCCGGUUGUGUUUAUAUGACAGGCUUGGGUUAGAGCAGCAAAGGCUCCAUUUCUCCACGGUUCUGUGACCUGAAUGUAGACGCUUCACAGCCUGGGUCUACCCUGCUGUGGGAGCUCUCUGUUCUAGUUUGAUCUUGGCUUUUCAGCGGCUUUCCAUUGUCGGCGCUGAAAACCAGCAGUCAUCCACUCCGGAGGUUUCAGCUGCGGAAGGAAGUGAGCUGGUCUGUGUGUCUAUCCGCUGAGUGUUGUGGCCUCAUUUCACCCAGGCUUAGAGGGAGCACUGACACCCUGCAUGUUUAAACAGCGAGCCCCCGCGUGGGCCAGUACCUAUUAACCUGCGUCAGCUUCUUUUAUAUCCUACACUUACUAAAACAGCUCGUCUGUGUUGUAAAUAGGUCAUCUAACGUCCGGCUCGGGCGGCGGCAGCGGCGGCAUCAGCUCUGUUUGCUUUAGUUUUUCUUUUUUUGUUUGUUUUGUUUUUGUUGCUAUCAGUAAAGUUACUGUUUAUUACAGAUUAAAUCCUUUAUAUUUGUCCUCUUGCUGUGCUCAUUUGUGGCGUUUCAUCACUUAGAUCUUUGCCUUUGGGCGAAAAGACUCGAUGACUUGAUCAGCAGAAGUAAAAGUCUUUAUUUUACUCCGACUUAGACAUCGAACUAGAGCUGAUUCGUUAAGGACGGCUUCUACUUUGUCGUGUUUUAGCUCAAACAUGCUGAUGCGAUGCCACAAAAGCAGCCUUUUUAGCAACCUGAAGCUAACCCAAUUGUUUCCAUUCCUUGAGACCGGCCUGCUCUGUGCCGUCCUUUUUUGUUUUCCCUUGUUAAGUUGUGACUCCUUUCACUCCCCAUGAGCUGUAACGUGUCAAACCACUGCAGUCACUGGCACAGAAGCCUGCUGUAUCGCAUAUUUUAAAUGUACUGUUCAUAUAUAAAGCUAUAAAUUACAACAGUUAUGUUUAAAAAAAAAAACAGGUUUAUGUCUUCUGUAGCAUUGAAAUAUUAAGAUUCUAUUUUGGGAAUUCAAGUAAUUUUGAAACAAGUGUGAUUUAAAAAAUAAAGUCUGUGUGAAUAGGGGUACCAUGAACUGCUGAAAAUAAACGAGCUAAAGAGCGA